AUGCCGCCGUCCUUCAGCGACAGCGACCGAGCGUACGCCGUCCCCCCUUCUGCCGCAGUAACCGGCCGCAACAGUCCUCCCCAGAACAACAGCAGCAGCAGCAACAGCAGCAGCAAUAACAGCAAUAACAGCAAUGCCAACAAUGCGGCCGACAGCCCGAACAAUAAUAAUCCAAUGCCACCCGCCAAACGCCGCCGGGUAGCCUUGGCAUGUGGCACGUGCCGGAACCGCAAGUCACGAUGUGAUGGAAGCCGUCCAAAAUGUUCCAUGUGCCGGGAGCUGGGCUAUGUCGCCCAGCUCGAACACCGAAUCGAACAAAUCGAGGAAUUCAUACGGCCGCUGCGUGAAGCGCGAGCUGAAGCCUCAUUAGCCAAGCCUUAUGCUCUCCAUGACGAGACAAAUCUCCCCCGGCAACACGAGGCGUCUGCAGGCGUCGACAGAACGUCGACCUCGCAGGUGCCUCCUCAUGCGGUGAAUGCAAAUGGGCCCGAGAUCGGCGAAGUAGAUAACUCGGAGAAUUCCAUCGAUGGAAUGGCCGCGAUCAACUUUACAGAUGAAGAGGAUUGUGGUUUCUUCGUUGUUCGGACGGCUAAUGGAAUCUUAACUAAAGGGCCUUCGUCGAAUAUCGCCUUCAUGCGCCAUAUUUCACGUGCCAUCACCCAAGUAAAUAGCCGCAGGUCUUAUGUGCCAUCGGUCUCCCCUAACGAUAAGUAUGGCGGUGGCAUGAUGAGUGUCUCUCGAUCACAGCCUGCACCCGAAAGCGACAGCACGAAGCGCAACUCUCGUGGGGUGAACAUCUAUGCAUUACCCUCCGAAUCUCGGACCUGGUAUCUCAUUCAGAAGUACUUCCUCAAGACCGGGCAGCUCCUGCCAUUCAUCCAUGAACAAUCUUUUUGUGAGACCUAUUUUCAGAUGAAGAGGGACAAUUUCACAAAGGUCAGAAGAACGUGGCUUGGCCUGCUUAAUAUCGUCUUGGCAAUCGCGACAAGUUUGUGCAAUGACGGCGAGAUGCCUGCCGAGAAACGGAUCCAAGAGUCAGACGUCUAUUAUCAGAGAGCGAACGCAUUGUGCGACAGAGAGUCGAAGCGGAAUACCAGUCUCGAGAUGGUACAGUAUCUACUCAUCCUCGGACAGUACCUACAGGGUACUCAGAAAUCCGUCCAAGCAUGGAACACCCAUGGUCUCGCGAUCACUGCAGCUUUUCAGCUAGGUCUCCAUUCACCGGAUGCGAAUCGAGGAUUCUCUCCAUUGGAACGUGAAAUUCGGAAGAGAACAUGGUUUGGUUGUGUACUCCUGGAUCGAACGCUGAGUAUGACGUUCGGUCGCCCAUGUAUUAUUCCACAGUCAUACGUGAAGUUGGAAAUGCCACUACAUGACAUGCAGAUGCUUGGCCAGUCUCCUCAACUGGAGUCCGGCCCGUUCGCAGAUGGAUGUUUCUUCACAGCCGCUAUACAACUUUAUGUUGUGAUGUAUAAUGUCAUCGAUACAUGCUAUGGGCAGAAUCUUGGCUUUGACAAUUCCCAGACGACUUUCCAUAUCGUAUCUCGGGUGCUCGAACUGGACCGUCAGUUGGAAGAGUGGCAACACCAGCUGUUGCCGACGUUGGGGCUCUACGUUACUCAAAAACCCUUGACACCGGCCGAUAUCGAGAAUAUGAAACCAGAAAGCUUAAUUUUUGAAAGGUUUAACAUCGUGCUCUCCCUCCGCUAUCAUAACCUCCGCAUUCUGCUUCACCGCAAAUUUCUCGAAAAGUUCUUGGAAACGGCCGGGUCAGAGGACAGCUCAAACCCGGAAAAGAAGAUCUUGCGGCAAGUGGGGAUCAGCAGCGUCCAGAAUUGUGUCGAAUCCGCCGUCAUAAUCAUAUCUACAGUGCAUACUAUCGCUUCCUCAUCGGGAUGGCAGCGAGAUCUUUUAGGUGCAUGGAAUUAUUCUCUUUACUACACUUUCAACGCAGGACUGGUUAUUUUUGGAGCCCUUCUUGUCUCGUCAAAGGAAAGCGCUCACAACCCAGCUGCGUGGGAGACCGUGGAACGCUCUCGACCAUAUUUGGACUUAGCAGCGGAGGCAUUGCGAUGUCUGGACAGCGGCAAUCGUGUCAUCGAGCGGUGUGUUGAAUACCUGAGCCAGCUUUCAUUGGCGCUAGCUGCUUUGACUUCCAAUGGCACUCCCUCUUUCAACAAUAAUGGCGGUUUAGUGGGAAACUACGCCAAUGGAAAUGGCUACCCAGCAGGGAUGGUCUCUCCACCAAUCGCUCAGACCGCCGCCGCAUCCGCGAACAUGGCGAACCGGGGCAAUCCGUUCCCUCUCAGCCAAUCCCCCGUGGGGAUCGAUCUCGGCGAAUUCAUGAUUGACAGCGACCUGGACUUCCUGGGCAGACUGUUUUUCGACCUCAGUCGAAACGGAGACGGUACUCAGAGUCAGGGAGCUGCUGGUGGCUUGAAUGGCUCAUCUUCUGCUGCUGCUGCGGGACCAGUCGACACGACUAACUCUGCCCAUCCCCAGCAGAGCCCCUAUAACGUCUAA